AGAAUUUUUGCCCAAAGUCAACACAGGCCAAUCGAUGAAGGCUUCGUCACUCCUACUUCUGCCCGCCUCGAACUAGAACCAUUCCAUUCUAAACUUUUCGCUGGGUCGCUUCUUCUGCGCGCCCUCUCCUCGGUAUUUACCGACACUUGAUUCAUCAUAUCUCCAUCACCAAUUUUCGAUGUCGUUUAGCUGUUGAUGAUUCACCAAAGCACCAGUCUUUGGCGACUUCUUUACACGACGACAUCGCGAGGUCGCGCCGACCGCAACACCGAAAACCCCCUCCGUUGGACCCGACUGUGAGAAUGUUUUCUCCCGCGCUUCACGAAGGCGGGCCCGCAAAGGGCACGCGAAGCAGUCGCCGCCGGCAGCGCACCUCCGACACAACAACUCAGCAACCAAAGGCGAAGCGCCAAAGGGUUCCCCUGGCCGAGGCCGCCUCUGUGAAUCCCGAUCCACAGCCCGAGAUGUACGAGGUGAAGCCCGACAAAAUUGGGGCUCACGCGACGAAGCGCGACGGUAUCGAGAACGUUGGCGCGCAACGAAAGGAACUUAGCGUGCGAUCCAAGAAGCCCAAAGCAGGGGAGAGGACUGCCAAGGGCGACGGGAGCAUUGUUUUGACAACGAACAAUGCGUUUACCGUGAGCAAGUUACCGGCGCUACCAGACAGACUCCGCACAGACGCGCAAAGUAAGACCGAGACCCUUAUACUGUCCAAGGGCGGAACGUUUCCCGGGCAAGCGUUGCUGAACUCUUCCCAAGAUCGCCAGCACGGCGCCGUCCAUUCCUCGAGCGGCUACGCCCUGAGCCUCACCCAUAACCACGUCUUCGUAUGGCCUUAUACCUCGACGACAUCUUCUCCCGAAACCUUCACAUUCACCAUCCCGUACCCCUCGAAGCAUGCCUCCGAUCCUCUCCCGCUUGCGUCCUUGGUCACCGCGUCGGCCUCCUCGGACGAGCCUGGGUUGGUCGUCGUCAUCCCGACGAGCGGCAAGGUCGCGUACUGGGAGUCCAUCUCGAGCGCAGCCACUGCCGACUUCAUUCGGCAACAACGAAGCGGCGUCGAAGAUUCAAUAUCCGGAAUGUACUCGGGCGAGCACGUCACCCAGAUCGUCGACGCUGGGUCCGCUGGCUUCGUUUUGGUUUUCAGCACCGGACGAUUGGCAUACAUGAGUGUGAGGGAUGCACACGGACGGCCCGGGAUCACCGCCCAGUUCCUUCGGAGUGGUCUGGGCGGGAACGCUUUGGGCUUCUUUGGAACCAUCCGUCAUGCCCUCAGCUCAGCCGCCUUCCGCGGUGAAAUUGCUGCCGCGCGGACCAGCCCCGGGGCCAAGGUCGGAGAGCGAGUGGUUGUUGCCGCGACAUCCAAGGGACGGCUACAUUCCUGGAAGAUACACCGCGGUGGCCAUCACGAACUCGUUGUUGAUUGCGACAUUCGGGAACGAUUGAUGGACGCCGUCCAGGAGGCCGAUCCGAGCACCAAGUACUUUUCACCGGACUCUUUCGAGGUGCUCGACUUCACGCUCGUGCCUCGGGGUCUCGGGGAAAAGUAUGUCAAUGCCAGUCGCUUGAGCGAGGCGUUGACCCACGAAGAGGAGUCGUUACAACAUGCUUUGCUGCUUGUUUCCUUUUCAAGACAGCACCACUCUCGAUAUUCGCUAGUCGAGGUGGUCAUAGGCCCUGAGGGCCCCCGAGUCGGAAUGGUCCGACCAGUAACUUCGUACAACAGCCCCGUGAGGUCCGGAGCCGCGGAGAAGCCUCAAAUCUACCUCCCGCGGCCCGCGCUCGUUGCGUUUCUCGUAUUCGACAGGGCUGUGGUCGUCGCCUCCAUGGUUGCGCCUCCCGACUCCCCGGAUGCGCAGCUGCAGGAGGAUAGCCACAUGUUGCCGCACACCUUCGAGGAUGUAGUAGACUUCCGGGACGAGGAGACUCUUCAGGUUGUCGGCUCCGGCAUCGAGGAGCCCAAUGGGGGCGUGUAUGCGCAAGACGACGCGAGGCCUCACCGCCAUAAGACAAAAAACCCUACCGUCGUGCUCCUACUUCAAGGGGUUGGGACCGUCAGGAUUGCAGUCUCCGACAUCGACCGGUUUGCCAGCGACACGCCGCCAGAGGUCACCGCGAAGAGCAAGCUGGAGCAGGCUGUGUUCUUUGGGCUCAAGGAUGACAACCCGUUGGUGUUCCAAGGCAGGAGAGAGCUACCCUUCUCCAGCGAGGAAAUCAGUAACGCGGCAAUUGAGUUGAGCCACGAGAUUGUGAGCUCGAAGACGCCCUUUAUCGCGAAUCUGCCGGCCUCUCUCGAGAACAACAUGAAGAGCAGGGUUGUCUACUUGGACGGCUUGAUCGCAUAUCUCAACUCGCUCGAUUUUGACCUAGACACACGCGCCCGGUGGAUGCUGCUCUACAAUGCCGAAAAGAUGGCCGUUGCGACAUGGAUAUGGCAAAAGCAUGAGCAGUUUCUCGCCGAGCGGCCCAAGGGGGAGAAGAAGACGCUCAUCUCCGAAACAGCAGUUUAUAUCAACGAGCAUCAAAAAACGGAGCUCAACCCGGCCGUCGGCCAGGUGGAUCCUGUCCGUCACUGGUUCAUCAACGACGUGUGGAGGCUGGAUAUCUUUGUUGCCUGGGCCUACCAGAUCAUCAAAUACCACUUCACAGAGCGGUUAUCCGACGAGGCCGGCAUCAAUCGGCUAGUUUGGGAGGCCGUUACCAUAAAUAACGGAGCAUUAUUUGAGGCGCGCCAGUUCCGGCUGAAUAGAGCGAGGCAAUACGGCAUCAACCCAAGAGAUAUCGCCGGCGGCAACGCGAUCCCGGAACCCUGGACCGCAACUUUCUUCAUCACCAACAACCUCAAGCGGCUGGUCGAGUUCUGUUACCAAUGGCUUGAGCGGUACUCGGAACAAUCUCCCGACAACACCCCGAUCGACACCCGCCUCCUCGAAUCCACCCGGCAUCUUCUGCCCUCGUUAACGAGCCAGUAUCUCACAUCUCUUGCCGAGUUCUCGAGCUGGGCCGCGUUGAGCGACGAUGCGCAGGCUCAGGAGCGCGGUAGGACUUACCAGCAAAUUUAUCAAGAAGAUGUUUACACGAAGAUCCUGAGGCUCAAGGAUUUCAACUUGUGGGAGGAGGCCAUUGAGCUCGCGAAGGAGUACAAAGCAUUUGACUCACUUGCGGAGGUCGUGGUGCAACAGAUCAUAUCGUUAAAGCAAAACGCGAUGGAGGGGAACACGACGGACAGCGCGGCGCAAGAAAAGCUGGCUCUCGCCAAACUCAAGGAACAGAAGAUGGGUCGCUUGUUCGACGACUACGAGGAAAGCUUUGCCUUCCGCGCUUACGAGGUUCUUCUCGAGAGCAGUGGCGUGGAGGCUGUUCUGGACUUCCCUCACGAUAGGAACGGUUACGCGACCAAGUUUCUGCGGACCAAGCCUGAGCUAGCCAAGAUCUCGUGGAUCAACGACGUCGAGAGGGAGAAGGAUAUCGACCAUGCUGCCGAGACGCUACUAGACCUAGGUCUCACCCGCGAGCAGCAGGUCUGGAACAAAAAGAUUGAGCUCAGCUUGGGCAAACUCGCCCUGCUUGCUGACGAGGCCGAGCAGUCCGUCAAUGAUGGCGUCAGCAGCGCUCCCUCUGAUAAUGAGGGGAGGAACGGCGUCAACCUCGAAAAGAUCGAUCACGCGCUCGAGCUCAUCAAGAUCCAAGACGCUCUGUAUAGCCAAAUCUUGCCUACUAUUCAGGAGGGCGUUGACGAGUCGGCAGAAGUGGAACUCGCUGUGAAGGAGCAUGGGGACCUGAUCCCGAAAAGGCAGAAGGCUCUCCAUCAGGUUUUUGACGAUUCCAUGUCACGCCUGCUCAGACAUGAAGCGCUGCAGCCACACACCCUGAUCGACCUGCUCACUCUGGCGUCGCUUCCCUCCAACCACUACGACACCAUCGGCGACCAAUUCUACCUUGCGCUCAAGGUCGCCCAGUACGGCCUCAAGGGCGAGGAACGCGCCGACGCCGAGCGGCUUAUCUGGAGGCGGUGCUUCACGCGCGAUGAUUGGCAGCGAGUCAAUGAGACCAACGAGAAGGACGACCUCGACCAACUUGCCACCGUGGGCGAGACAGCCGCCUACCACACCUUAUUCGCAGUUGUAGACGAGCAACACACCCACUCCAAAUUCCACCCCUUCGUCAAGCCGUCCGACGCCCUCGGCGUCUUCACCGAGGCGCUCGACCGCCGCUUCGACACCAUGGACGACGGCUUCCGCGGCAAGCUGCUCGACGCCAUGCGCUGGGAGGACAAGCAGCUGCGCACGGCCGUCGACAGGGCCCAGCUCGACGCCUGGUACCGCACCACGCGCGAGUGCGCCGAGAAGACCGUCGCCGUCACCUACGACCGCAUCACCGCCGCGAAGAGGGCCGCCGCGGCCGAGGCCCACGCCGCGAAAACCCAGGCCCUGGCCCAAGGGCGGGUGCAGCAGCCGAAUGGGACGGCGAAGUCCAAGUUGGUGAUCAAGGAGAGGGAGGAGGGGAGGACGAUGCCGGGGGGGUUGUUUGGGCUUUGA